UUUCGUAUAAAAAGCGAUGAAAUUGUUUUAACCGACACUCAGUACGAACUAACUUUGUUUCCUUAUACCCGAAGACCGUUACUUCCGACGGUUUCUUACGCAACCAACAAUCGGACCGAACGAACGGACUUAGGAAACAUGCGACUAACUUUGACAUUCAUCUUGCUGGGAGUUUUAGUUCCACUACAAGCCAAGCCACAACUGCUUGGUGGUGGAGGAGGAUUGCUUGGUACUGGUGUCGGAGCGACCAGCGGUUUGCUAGGAACUGGUAUUCUAGGCAGUGGAACUACGAGUGGAUUACUAGGAACCGGACUUGGAGCUACCGAUGGCUUGCUGGGCACUGGAUUGCUAGGAACCGCAACUACCAGCGGACUGUUAGGAACGGGCAUAGGAGCCACCGAUGGCCUUCUUGGCACCGGAGUGCUUGGUACUGCAACCACAAGUGGACUGCUAGGAACGGGAAUUGGCGCUACCGAUGGCCUACUGGGCACUGGAUUGCUAGGAACCGCAACUACCAAUGGACUGUUAGGAACGGGUCUAGGAGCCACCGAUGGCCUUCUUGGCACCGGAGUGCUUGGUACCGGAACUACCAGUGGGCUUCUUGGAACGGGUCUUGGUGCUACGGACGGUCUUCUUGGCACAGGAUUACUCGGAACCGCUACUACAAGCGGAUUGUUGGGCACUGGCUUAGGAACUACCGGUGGUCUUCUUGGUACCGGAUUGCUAGGUUCUGGAACAGCUACAACCAGUGGAUUACUUGGUACAGGAAUCGGUGCAACCGAUGGUCUUCUUGGUACCGGUCUACUCGCUGGAGGUGGAGGUGCUACCACCACCACCGUUGCUGCUACGACCGCGGCCACAACAGUACCAACUACUACGACGGCAGCCCCAACCACUACCACGGCUGCACCAACCACUACCACAGCUGCACCAACCACUACCACGGCUGCACCAACCACUACCACAGCUGCACCAACCACUACCACAGCUGCACCAACCACUACCACGGCGGCUCCAACCACUACCACAGCUGCACCAACCACUACCACGGCGGCUCCAACCACUACCGUGGCGGCAACCACCACCACGGUUCUACCAAUCACAACUAUUAUUCCAACUACGACUACAGCUGCUCCAACUACCAUUGCUGCAACAACCACUGUUACAUCCGCUCCUACAGGAACUGUGACAUUCAACAUUAAUGGAAGCAUCAUCACCAUAUCUGCCAAUGAUCAAGCCACUAUCAAUGCUAUCAACGCUAUCCUGGCUGCAUCAUCGACCACCGUUGCAAUGACCACCACUACCACCGCUGCUCCAUCUUCUGGAAGCACAGUAACGUUCAACAUUGGCGGAUCGAUCCUUACUGUUAAUGCUGCUGAUACUGCCACAAUUGCAGCGAUCAUUCAAAGUCUUAACAGUGCAGCCACAACUACUACUGCUGCUGCAACGACGACGACCUCCACCGUGGUGCCCGUGACAACUACGACGACAACGACCACUACUGCGUCUCCUUUAACUACGACAACUGCAGCGGCCGCAGCGACAACCACAACAACAGUUUCCUCCAAUGCUGGAACAACCACUGCCGCGACUAAUGGUGGCUCAAUAUCCAUCUCAAUUAUAAUUAACAUUAAUGGACAGUUCGUCUUGAUCACGUCCAACAACCAAAGCCUCCUGACAUUGACACAGCAAAUUCUGCAGCAAAUAUCAACCACCACUGCUACGACAACUACCUCAACCCAGCCGCCAGCUAUUCCCGUGCAACAGACGCCCGCACCUCCUUCGAACAAUGGUGGCGGUCGUGGCUGCAUCAGACGCCGUCACUCGUCGGAGGAAUUCGGUGGUCAUCAUGGAUUGCGCGGUGGAUUUGGAUUUGGUAUUGGCAUUCGUGGACCACUUGGUGGAGGAAUUCAGGCUGGCUUGGGUGCAGGCUUUGGUCGUGCCAUCCCAGUCGCUGGUGUUGGUGCCGGUAUUCGAGUGCAGGGUCCCCUCGGAGGAAGUAUACAGGCCGGAAUCGGAGCCGGGCUUGGAGGUGCUCGUGCUGGAGGAUGCGGAAGGUCUCAGGGUGGUUUUGGAGCAGGACUGCGUAUACAAGGACCUCUGGGAGGCGCAGUGCAAGCUGGUUUCGGUGCUGGUAUUCGUACUGGUGGCCACAGACACGGGUAA